GCUAGGGGAUCACGAGAUCCGAUCUCGUUCAAUCGAGGAAUCGACUGUCGAGUCGACAAACUCAUUCAUGGUGUUCGAUCGAAUAGAAAAUCGAGGGACUCGAUUCGAUUUUUUUUUUGGAAACGUUCUGAAACUUUGUGAGCAAUUGCCAACGACAGGAAAACUGAAAACAGAAGAAAAUAUAUGCAUUUUUUGAUUACGUUACGAAUGUCAUGUUUAUGUUUCAUUCAAUUAUAUCACUUUGUUUGCCCCUGUGUUUUUCCUUAAGUUUUUCUCAAGUUUUUGUGUUGGUGAGUAUACCAUUUAUCUAUGAAAUGUUCAUUGUCUUUUAUUCAACAUACAAUUAUUAUGAAAAUAGGUACAAUAAAAUGGCUUCGCGACCUACCCCUAAGCACUGGGAAAUCAUUUUAGAUUGGCUGGAGAGAAAUCCAGAAAUGGUUUCUGGCCGAGGUAUAGGCCCUACGGGCAAAUCCAAUUUGAAAGAAAAAUGGGAGAACUUAGCUAUAACAUUGAACAGCUUGGGUUAUACUAACAAAUCAGCUGAAAAAUGGAUGAAGACAUGGACUGAUUUCAAAUGCAAUUUGAAAAGAAAAGCUGCCGAUAUCAAAAAGGAACAAAACAAAACUGGAGGAGGUUCCUCAACAUCAAAGGCGUUAAAUGAAUUUGAAGAGAGAGCUUUGCAACUGCUAGGAUCCACAUUUAUAGGUCUGCAAGUUGGAGAAGUAGGAUUACCAUCAAAUUCAAUAGCAAAUGUAUCGUCUCUCCCACUCAGCAUCAGUCCUCACGUCCAUCUACUGUGAAUACCUGUAAAAAUGAGAAACAAGGACCGGAUACCAGCAUGAUAUCCAGCACCUCCAAUUUACAGGAAAAUAAUAAUUAAAAAAAAAACGAUUAAAUAUAUCCGUUGAAGACACCUAUGAAGAGACCGUUACCAUAUUGAAAUCGAUCCAAAUUACAUUGGAUAAUCAUCUUGGUCAAAUAGCAGAGCAAUUGAAGGACAUUGCACAAUCAAGAAAAGAGCACUGCACAUGUUGUAUGUCCAAAAAAGGAGAUGAGGACCAAUUUUAACAUCAGUCCUUAUGCAAAUAGUCAGAAAUUUGGGAAAACUUUAAUUUUAGAUUUUACAUGAUGGUUAUUUUUUUUUA